GAGAUAUUGAAGAAACAACCUAUUGCAAGUAAGAGAACAAGGAAAGUGCUUAGGUGUAAUGAUUGUAAUUUUAUUGUAUCCAACAAGAACCGUUUAAUCAAACAUAUGAUAGGACAUAAGAAUGAGACGAAUGCAUAUACAUAUCAUGCCACAGAUAAAAUUAGCGAAUGUAUACAUUGCAACACAACAUUUAAGACUAGGAAAGGCAUGGAUCAUCAUAUAAUCCAAAAACACCCUGAAUGCAUCGGAUCUGUUGCUAGUAAAAUACACCAAUGUACACACUGCGCAUAUAAAACUACAUAUAAAAUGCUGUAAAACAUGACAUCUCGAAGAAACAACCUGUUACAAGGAAAACGGCAAGGAAAGUUUUAAGUUGUAAUGAUUGUAAUUUAGCAGUAUCCAAUAAAAACCGCUUGAUCAAACACAUGAAAAAACACAAAAAUGUAAAUAAUGCUUACCUACAUCUUAAAGAUAAACUCAGCACAUGUAUACACUGUAAUACAACAUUUAAAACGAAGAAAGGUUUGGAUCAUCAUACAAUUCAAAAUCAUCCAGAUUUCAUUGAAUCAGUAUCUUGUAAAAUACAUCAAUGUACAUAUUGUAUAUAUAAAACUACUUAUAAAAGUGAAUUUGCUAGACAUAAUAUGUUAAAACACCCAGAAACAGUUAGUAGCUGUGAGUUCAGCAAUUUUCGCACCAAAAGUAAAAUUCUCACUUGUAUACAUUGUAACGCAACAUUUAAACAUAAAAUGAGCUUGGAUGAUCAUAUAUCCAAAAAACAUCCUGAAUUCAUUUCAACAACAUCUAGAAGAAUACACGAGUGUACACUUUGCUCAUAUAAAACGACUAGAAAAAAUCAUCUAACUAGGCAUAUGUUGAGGCACCCUGAGACGAUUGAUAACUUCAAAUUCAGCAAUUGCAUACAUUGCAACGCAACUUUUACAAGAGAAGAAGUACUAAAAGAUCACAUAGUAAAAAAACACCCAGAAUAUGCAGCAUCUGUGUCCAGUAAAAUUUACGAAUGCACCUAUUGCGCAUAUAAAACUAUUAAAAAAUGUGACUUAUUUAGACAUAUGUCAAAACAUCCUGAAACGAUCGGUAGCAAAACUUUGAAUUGUACACACUGCGAUGCAACAUUUAUUAGAAAAGAAAUACUGGAAAACCACAUAGUUAAAAAACAUCCUGAAUUCAUUUCAACUUUGACUAGCAAAAUACACGAGUGUACACAUUGUACAUUUAAAACUAUCAGGAAGAGUGAUUUAGCUAGACAUAUGCUUAAACAUUCAGGCGCACCUCGUAGUGUUGAGUCUAUACCAUGCAAUCUCUGUGAUGCUACAUUUAAAAGUAAGCAGUGGUUAGAUCAACAUACAGUCAUGAAACAUCCUGAGUUUAUAGCGUCUGUGUCUAAUAAAAUACAUGAAUGUAAGUAUUGUACAUAUAAAACUAUUAGGAAGGGUCAGUUAGCUAAACAUCUUUUGAAACAUCUGGAGAGAAAUGAAUAUCUAUAAGCUAACUUAAAAUAAAAUUGUUUAUUUAUUGUUUCUGGUCGUAUUAUUGUCGUGGC